UCCAGAGGCAGUGAUUGCAUUUUGUUUGUUAUGCAUUUUAGUUAAAUUGUUAUUGUAAACAUGAGAGACUCUCCUUUGUUACUUCUACUUCACACUUGGUUGGCAGGUAAGAGCUACAUGCAGUAAAGUGAAUACUGUGAACAAUAUGUAGUUGGUGCUGUCACUGCCUUCAGUGAGACUGUAUGUGCUGGAAAUACAGUAAAUUGCAACUGCACCACAAGUACUGGAACAGUAGAGUUGAACAUUCUUUGAGCAGUAGUACUGUAUGACUAUCAGCAUGAUAAUUCUUGGCUGUGUAUGCAAUAAGCUAUGUCUCUGUUUACAUACCAAAGGUGUUUAAUUUCAUGCUGCACAGCACAUGCAUAUAUUUAGCCAGUUUGUAUCAAGGCACAGUUAAGUUAGGAAUAAUUAUGCAAUAAAUGGGGGGGUAUGUGUCACUAUGUGAAAAGGAAGCUGAUCUGUCCCUAUAGAUAUGAAUAUACUAAAGUGAUUGUUUGUGCUUUAUGCUGAAGUCAUUGUUUGUGCUGUUUUCAGUUCAAUUCAAUUGUGUGGAGUAAUAAUGGCUUCAGCUCUGCUAUUAGGACUCAUACUAGUCUGCACUGGGUUGACAAGUGGUGAUGUGACAUACUUUCAAUGUACUAAUCAUAAUAAAAGUGUGUGUGCUGGAGACAGAGUGGAGUGUAACUGUACAACAAGUACUGGAGCAAUAGACUGGAACAUCAGUUAUACAGUACUAGGAUCCAGUAGUCAGAGCUGGAUACAUAUUCCAACAGUACAUUUGCAUACAUCUCUAAUGUCUGAUGAAAAACAUGGAUACAAUUUUACUAAGUUAAAUAAAAGCUCAAUUCUCAGUUUUUAUUUGAAUGCAUCUGAGAAUAUAUCUAUUGUAUGUCGAGAUGGCAAUGACGUAGUCAAUGAAACCAGCAACUCAUCAAUGAUAAUUUUUGACUCAGGUUAUUAUGCAAAAGCACCGACAAACUUAACAACAACCUUCAAUCCAAGUCGAAUUACUUUAGAAUGGGAGGACACUGGGAAUAACUGUACUUCUACUGUGCAUCAAGUGACACUUAAUGCUACAAUGACCAGUGAAUUGACCUAUCAUAAUACUAACAAGACAACCAUAUUUAUAAACUCAAGUGAACUAAACAUAACAGAAGUCUAUACAUACACUGUUAGAGGGUGGAAUGAACAGCAAAGCAACAACAGUGAACCAUUCACACUUGCUCCUCAAAAUGUGAUGAAUGUUACAAUAAAUACAACAAACACUAGCAUUCCUUGUAAGAAUGAUAGAUCCAGUUGCUGUGUUAAUGUUACACUGAGCAUAAUACCGGUAUCACCAGAUACAGUUAAGCAUCCAAGUCAGUACUACAACAUAACAUACACUUCCAAUACUGGGAAUAUACCAGUAACAUAUGAAGUAACUGACUACAAUGAAACAGAAUGGACUGAAUCAGAAUUAAAAUACAACGAGACGUAUCACUUUACCAUUAUACCAAUCAAUAACUUCAGCACAGGAAUGCCAAUAAAAAGUGAUAUAACGACUUCUCAAUAUCAAUGUCAACUAUCAGGAAAUGGUGGUGACGGUGGUGAUCAUAAUAGAAGAGUUGCCUUAAGCCAUGGAAUAUUAGCAGUAAUCAUCAUUGCAAUCUUUUGUACAAUUCCAGGAAUAAUAUAUGUAGUAGUAGGUAUAAUAUUAGUAAUAUUGAACUGUAUUUACAGACGUUGGUAAAAAACUAGAUCUAUUAUAUGUGUAAUAAACUUUAAUUAUAUU